AGCGGCAAUGAGCGCAGAUCCCAGUGCAGGGGCGAUGAACGUCCCGGCUGCCUCUUCCCCACCGCCGUCAGCUCUCCCCAGUGGAGGAGGUGCGUGGGAGGCGAUCAUCGACAAGGCAGUCGCACAAGUCACCGAGUACUUGACGACCUCGACGCGGGAGUUCGACCCGACGGCGGCGCUGUCGCGCCACAUGCUGCAUCUACUAGACCGCGGCACUCUACGCGACAUCGUUGUCGAGCGGAACUACAACGAGCUGUGUGGGUGCCUCGGCUGUGGGAAUAAGCCGCGAGGGCUGCUGUGGAACGUGGCGAAGGGCAAUGGAGGGACGCUCAGCUUUGACUGGCCCUCCUCUUCGUCCUCGACCUCGGACGGAGAGAACGAUGAAGCAGAGGAGGAGGAAAACGGUGAGAAUACGAAGGAAAUCAAUCACCGCAGCUCGCCGGCCACUCAACACCUCAGCGAAACGAAUAAGAAUAUGAACAAUAACGCGUCUUCCGCAACCGCGACAAGUCAAGCGGAAGACAACGAAGAGAUUGUCUACGAAGAUGAUUUGUACACCGCGGAGUCUUUUCGACUUGCCCGGCGGCAGUGCGCGAUGCUAAACCGCAUGCAGCGGAAAAGGCUACAAAACGAGAAGAAGAUUUCAGCUCCAGGGCAACCAUCCUCCUCCGCAUCAGCAGCGGCAUCAGCAGCGGCAACCUCGUCCCCGCGCGUGCGGCGCAGCGGCAUGCUCGGCGCCAGCUUUCCUCAGCGGUUCUGCAGUGCGGAAUGCGAGGACCUCUUCGAGUCCGGCAUCACGCCGCGUGUGUCGCCGUACUUGAGCUUCGACUUUCCGUCCGUGUUCAGCGCGCUCACCAAUUUGUUCCCCAACUUGAGCGUCGCCUCGCUGCAGCAGCUGGCAGGGGCGGAGGUGUCGGCGUCGUGGCUGGUGCAGCCGGUAAAGGAGACGGGUGUGGUGCGGCCGCGCGUUGAUGCAGCAGUCACUGCAGCGACGACGACGGAGGAGGAGGAGGUGCGAGACACUCUCAAGCCGGUGCAGGUGGGGGUGUCGUACGAAAGCACGCUGCGCCUUCAUCACGCACGUCCACGAAGCACGCCGUCCAGUGAGUGCAAAUCAACCAGGAAGGUCUCCUUUCAGGACCGCGCAAACACCGACCGGGCGGAAGAACGCCAUGAGCAGCAACCGCAGCUGCUGCGGACGGUGUUGGAGCAGAUGCAGGUGUUGCAAGGAGUGUGGAAUCAUGAAGUGGUGCCGCGCUUUUCGGAGUCCCACCUCCCACGCGUGCCGGCCGCGCGAAACGACGCGAGUGAUCUUACAGGGAGUGAAACACACGUGUCGGCAGCUUCUGCUGCUCCGUCACCGUCGAUGACGGCGGCGGUGACGGAUCAGCAUCCCCGUCCCGUCCUUCGCGGUUCACUGUUGGUUUUUGAUUUUAUUAUGAACACCAGCGGGGCAAGGACACGCCGACUCUUUUGCCUGCACUACGCCAAGCACCGCACCGCACUGCAGGCGAACAUCUCACGUGCCACCGCUGCCGCUGCCGAAGGCCGCGCCACAUCGUUCUUCUUCAAAGUUUCUGUAGAUAUCGUGGCUGCGAUGGAGGAGUACACCCGCAUGCACGCGUGUUCGGGUCAAGCAGAGCGCGACGACGUGAAGGAAGACAUCGAUGACAUCGAAGACGAACUGCGCAUCGAUCCGGCGCUACAGCAGCAGCGACGCGAGCUGCUCACCGCCCACAUCUUUUCUGAAGAAGUCACCGCGACGCUCUCGCGCCUGCUGAUGGUCGACUACGUGCUGCUGAUCAACGUGGCCUGGUCCGGCGUGUGGUUCAGAGAGCUGCCGCUCCGGGUAAACGGUGCAAAGGAGGAGUGCUCGCUGCUGCGCAGUUUGCGCUUUCCAUUUGCGAUUCCAGCGGUGCUGCUGCGCGCGGCGGGGUCGUCGCCGGAGGUGAUGGGUCUGGCAAUGAUCUAUGUAGUGGCGGCGGGGUGCUGCUCGACUACAGUGUGGGAAGGCUGCAUGGCAGAUGAAGUUGCCUUUGACGAGGUGGCUGACGCAAUUGGGUUAACGGCAGCGGAUGUGACGGCGGCGGUACGUUCGCUGAUGCUCGGCGAGGAGGACGAAUGA